GUUAAUACAGCUCGGUAUAACAGUGACGAUAGCUGUAGAGUUAGUACCGAAGAUCAUCGAAUUCUCAUCCAGUUAACAUAAGCUUACCUAAUGGCAAAAAUAGUUUACUUCUCACUGGCCCUCUUGGUGACCAUCACUUCUGGCCAAGUGGUUCAGUUGGACGAUAGCUACAUGAAUCGAGUAGUCGGCGGUCAAGAAGCCGCCGACUGGUCUGUUCCAUAUCAAGUUUCGUUACAACUGAAAGGUUACGGCCAUGUAUGUGGUGGAUCUAUAAUAGGCGAACGGUGGAUUCUAACGGCUGCACACUGCGUUGAAGGGGAAACCCCAGGUCAACUUAACGUGCUCGCUGGAACCAACAGUUUGAAGGAAGGCGGAGAACUACAUGAAACGGAUAAAUUCAUUCGGCACAAAUAUUACAAUCAACCGCAAUUCCACAACGACGUGGCCUUGAUACGCCUGAAGUCUAAGCUACAGUUUUCCGCCAAAGUAAAGCCAAUAGUAUACUGGGAGAAAGAGGUCGGUGCUAACCAGUCGGUAGUUCUAACCGGGUGGGGUAGAACUUCGGCCGGAGGACCCGUUCCAACAAAACUUCAGACGCUAGAUCUCAAAACGAUCAGCAACGAAGAAUGCAAGCAGAAAUCGUCGGGCAAUUCGAAUAAUGUUGGUAUUGGUCAUAUUUGCACUCUUACAAAAAGCGGAGAAGGGGCUUGUAACGGAGAUUCCGGUGGACCGCUGACCUUGGAUGGAAAGCUAGUUGGUUUGGUAAACUUUGGUGUUCCAUGCGCAUUCGGAUUCCCAGAUGCCUAUGCACGUGUGUCUUAUUUCCACGAGUGGGUUCGAACAACAGUGGCCGAGAAUUCGUCAUAAGAAACAGAAGCAAAUGUGAUCCCAACCCAAAUGUCAACGGAUAACCAUAAAAUAAAAUUCACAAAUUUGCCGUCAUAA